AUGACUUAUACGGAAUUACUGCCUUUGCUACUUCAGAAGAAUCUAGUUCAAUUGAGGGAUCCUUCUCCUCCUGCUAAUCCACCAUUUUGGUACAAGGCGGUUGCUCGCUGUGCUUUUCACAAGAAUGCUCCUAGUCAUACUGUGGAAAAUUGUUACCCUCUCAUGAGUGAAGUACAGAAACUGGUCCGAGGCAAUAUGCUCACCUUCAAGAAUGUUAAUCCUAAUGUUCAAAGUUUGGGUUUGCUAGAUGAAGAAAUCAAAGGAAGAAAAGGACACAAUUACAUUGAAGAAGAAAUGACAUAUGGGCCACUUGACAGUAUGCUGCAAGAAGUUCCUCAAAGGAUUCUGAUGCACAACCGUGACCUAUACAUAUCAGCUAAGUAUGAAGACAACAUUUUGACAGAUGUGCUGGUAGACGCUGGUUCAUCUCUGAACAUUAUGCCAUGGAGCACCUUGGAAAUUUUAUCCUAUCAAGGGGCAACUUUUAGACCAAAUGGGGCCAGCGUACUGACUUUUGAAGGGUUCUCACGCACUGCGAUUGGAGAAAUCGAUCUUCCUAUCCGCAUCAGACCCCGUGAUUUUGAUAUCACCUUUCAAGUGAUGGAGAUUUAUCCCGCUUACAACUAUUUGUUGGGAAGACCCUGGAUUCACAAUGCUAAAGUUGUUCCUUCCACUUUUCACCAGAUGUUGAAAUACCCUCUGAAGGAAAAAUUAAUAACUGUUUAUGGAGAACAAACCAUGUAUGUUUGUCCACUAUCCUCUGUUCCUAACAUUGAAGAAAUUACAGCGCAGUUCCAAGCUUUAGGAGUCGUCAUUCCUGAAUACGAAAAGAAAGCUGGUACAUCUAUUUCAUCCUGGAAAGAUGCCCAACAAGUGGUUGCCCAAGGAUCAUAUGAAGGCUGGGGGCGAGUUGUUUAA